UUGGGACCGAGCCAGAGAGGGACUUAAGCUCCUCCUGUAAUGGACGUUAGUUAUCUUGAAGUGCGCGAUCGCGCGCAGUCGGUCAGAACGCGCGUGCUCGCUGGCCAGGUCCGGUGCAGAGAGUGAUCAAGUUAAAACCUCGAAUCCAGUGAGAGGGUCUACAUGAGGAACGCAGAGAGGAACACAGAAGCGCCGUCAGGCUCUACAGACUGAACAUUCCAGAGAUCAUAUCAGGAAUAAUGCUGCAGUCGACAUUGUGAUCACUGACUCUACAGAAAAAAGUGGAAGAAGAAGCAUCAUGGCGUGUUUUAAACUGGAGAAUGUUGAGGAUUUAUAUGAAAUCAGGGAGGUACUGGGCAGUGGUCAUUUUGGGCAGGUGCGUGAGGUGUGUGAGCGGGCUACAGGGAUCCUGUGGGCAGGGAAGUUUCUGAAGCUGCGACGUGGUGCAGGGAGCCGCCUGGGCCUGGAGAAAGAGAUCGUGGAGAAAGAGGUGGAGAUCCUGCAGAGCCUCCAACACCCGAACAUCAUGGCCCUCAAGGAUGUGUUCGAAAGCAAGGCAGAGGUGGUCCUCAUCGUAGAGCUUAUUCGAGGCGGUGAGCUGUUUGACUUCAUCGCUGAGAAGGAGAGCCUGACUGAGACGGAUGCGAUUGAGUUCCUGAAGCAUGUUCUAGAGGGAGUGCGCUACAUGCACAGCAAGCACAUCGGCCACUUUGACUUAAAGCCUGAGAACAUCAUGUUGUCAGAUAAGCGGGCCCCCAAUCCUAAUAUUAAAAUCAUUGAUUUUGGCAUGGCCCACUGCUUUCUACAAGGAGAGGAGUAUAGGUGCAUGGGCGGCACCCCUCAGUAUAUUGCACCUGAGAUCAUCAACAACGAAUGUCUGAGCACAGCAGCAGAUAUGUGGAGUAUUGGUGUCAUCACCUACAUUCUGCUGAGCGGUCUUUCUCCGUUCCAAGGUGAGACAAAUGAAGAGACGCUGAGGAAUAUUGUGGAGUUGAAGUACCAGUUCGAACCGCACUACUUCAGCCAAACCAGCUCUAUGGCCAAAGAUUUUAUCCAGAAGCUACUAGUCAAAGAGCAAAGUGAGAGGAUGACUGCCGAGGAAUGUCUGAUUCACCCCUGGAUUAAACCUCUCACUAGGACACAGAUAGCGAAGAGAAAUCGCUCUUCCAUCAACAUGAAGAACUUUAGGAUGUUCAACGCUAAGAGAAAGUGGAAGAUGUCCUAUAACAUGGUGUCAGCCUGCAAUCGCCUGUGCAAGCUCAAGCUGGAUUGUAAGACCAAUGCCUUGGAAAAACAAGACCUGAGAUCUUGUGAGAGCGACCAGGAAGACACUGAGACAAAAACCGCCUCUCUCUUACGUCGCCGACUCAGCAACAGUUCCUAGAGGAGGGACGCGGCAGUGAAAUCAUCUGCAGAGCAUUAAGGAAAGCAGGUGGACGGUUUCUUGGUAAAGACCUAUACCGAGAAACAUAAAGCUUUGCGGGCCAAAGAAAUUUUGCUACUCAUCUUGUACCCGCAAUGUUUCCUACUGCAGCAGGAAACGAUAGUGGGCGAAAUCCACAGCAUUCUGUAAACUAAUAUGCAAGUUUAUUCCCAGACACAUACCUCUAUGAUUGCAUCAUCUAAAUGAUGAUGAUUCAGCUUGAUGUCCUCACAGAGGUUACAGCCCCAAAAAAACUGAGCUGUGCUCCAGAACUUUUAAUACGCCCUUCCAAACCUUCCAUUGCCUGCUUCCCUUGGGAAACAGCAUCUUAAGUGCCAUUACAUGAAGUUCGUUCGAUGACCCCUUGGCGAGAAGUCAAUAUCAUUGUAGACUUUAAGAGUACGUUUUUGUGAACUGAUGCAAUUUUCCGUUUCAAACACAGCAAAUGAUGGUGUUUUUAAACUUUAAACAACAGCACAAAAUAUUUAAUACACCAAAACAUUAAGCAUUUGCUCUUAUGGUUUACACAGACUCCAUGUAAAUAUGCCCAAUUAACAAUAGCACAAUAGUUAGCUAGCCUUUUGUACAUAGCUUAAAGGAAAUAUAUACAUCGACUACAACAAAUUCACUUCCAAUGCAUUGUGGCUGCCAAAACUGGUUGCACUCAUAUCAAACAUUUUGCUCUCACUCCUCUCUCUGGGCUGGAAGUGUCCACUUGUGUGACGUUUCCAAGUCCUGAGUAAAGUCAACAACGGUAUUUUGAGAGCUGAGUCAGAUUUAAUAUGAACAUCCUGGAAUUGUCUAGGUACUGGUAUUUGUGCUAAUGAACCAUCAAGCUGGGAUAUAUCGAAGGGAUUUGGGAACAUUUACUUGAUGAUAAAAUGCCUUCAGGAAUGGGCAGACUCUUAUGUUGUGUGCCUUAACUGACAUAAAAUAUAACCACUGAUUUCUGGCUUGUGAAUCUUUUACUGAUAUCACACCUAAAAUCGUAGACUUGUGCACAUACAUUUAAGGGAUGCGUGUUUGGUACAAAGCCAAGUUCCAGCUGAGGAGUAUCACACUGUGUGUUUAUGCAUUCUUAUCGUGACUGUUAAAUGGGUCAGUUGUGGAAUGCUGUAACUGAUCAUUUUUUGGUGCCAAGACUACUAGGAGUUGGAAAAAGAGUCCAAUGAGAAAGCGAUGUAACUGAGGGUCAUGUUGUACAUUUAAGUAUUGUACGUUAAAUAUUUUUCCUCUCUAUCGCCAUCUCUGUUUGAAACAUAAAAUUGCAAGUUACUUACGGAGUUAUUUUGUACGUGGGUUGUGCUUCGGCAUUGCUCCUCUGAGCGGAUGAAUCCGAUGGUUUGAGUUAUUCGUAUGUGUUGUAUAUUAGCUCCAGUACUUUUCAACGGAGGUGGUGGUGGAUACGGUUUUCUUGGAGUAGAAUUGAGUUCCCCUCUCUCUCUUUGCUAGCAGAAAACAAGUGCAAUUUACCACAUUGACCAUAGCGAAACAAAUAAACAAACAAAAAAAACAUAGGAAACAUGAUACCUAGCCGAUUUCAAGGACUGAGCCACUGAAAUGUCUUACCUCUUCAACAGAAAAGUCUUCAGUCUUCAAUCCCUUCAGAGUUGUCACCACCUCUCCAAAGCCAUGCUGAUAUUUAUUCUCGUUUUAGCACGGGCUUUGUCGCUUUCCCUUUUUGACUGCAGGCUCUCCGCAGUUCAGAUGUUUCUUGAUUUUGACAGCAGCUGAUUCUCCCAGAUGCCGACGGUGAUUGCCGUUUAGAACGAUCCAGAUUAAAAGCAGCUGUCUAGAUCACAUGUUUAAAUUGUUGUAAGAAUAAGCUACAAACACUCCACCAUCCUCAGCCCCCACACACGCGAUAUAGUAGUCGGCUUUUCUUCUUUGUGUUUACGGACGUGACAUAAACACGCAAAGACGAAUGACGUCAAACUGACGUUUCCCGACAAAUACGACCCGACCGCUCAAAUUAUAAAUCAUUAUUUUAAGCUUACCGUUGCAAAUCGGGGUAUGGUAAGGAUACAGUUUUUAACUUUAUUUUUUAAUGUACAGGCUCAAUUAUAGAUUGAUUAUAGAUCAAUUAUCAUUUUCAUCCAAAAAAAGUUAGAUACUGCAGCUUUAAGGCAAGAAUCGAACCUAAAGGAAAUAGCGUGACAUAAAGGAUGCCGUUUCAGAGUAUGACAAACCAAUAUCACUGUUUUCAGUAUAUCACCAACAACAAUGUUACUAUUACACAGAAUAGAUCUGAUUUUUUUUUUGUAUAAUCAAUACAUUGUAUGAUACAGUAUAUACACACCAAGCUCUUUCUUCUACUUGCAUAGAUUCCAGACUACCAGGGAAGUAGUAGAUAUUCCCACGUGCUUGUUUCCUUGUUAAGUUCAAAGAGCAAAGCCACUUUGUGACUUUCCCAUUCUCAGUUUGCUGAGAAGUGGAUUCAGAGACGUUCUGUAUAAUCCUUUAAGCCUUUUGUUUCUUGCUAACUUCAUUAUUGGUAAAUCUGCAUUAUCAAAGGUAUGUGCAUUGAAACAUAUCUUGGAUGAUUAUAAUUCUAGUGUUUGAUUUAGUACUCUUAGAACAGACAUGUGGACUAUUCAUAAAGUAUGUAUAUAUUGUGUAUUGUUGAGCUUUUCUAAAUUCAGACUAGUAUGGCAAACUCCUUGAUUUGCUAGACUCUGCUGGUUAAUCAAAUGGAUCAGUGUCCAAAUUAGUUGGAACUGGAUCAUCUUUGAUAAGCAUUUACAGAACCUUGCCCAAACAGCAGCAUAGUAACGGCAAUAGUAAUGCAUUAAGCAUCCAGGCAAUGUGUAUAUUGAUGCCUAUUCAUUAUCAUUCCUCUGAUGCUGUAUGUUCACAGCAGGGAGUGAAGCAAACAGCAAACACUGUUGCUGGGCCUUCUAGGAAAAUAAAGGUAAGCUCCUUUGCUGCAUGUUUGCAGCAGAAACCAAAAAAGGUUCAGCUACUCAUCAGUGUGCAGGAGCCAAAUGCAAAUGCUAUUACCAACAAGAUGACAGUGUAAUGAACUUGGUACAGCUGCCUUCCAUACAGAGACAGACCCUGAUGUUCUAUCAGUGGCAUUAGGUUCACCAUUGUUUUGAUCAUAAUGGUGAAAAGCUCAGCGAAACAGGUUGGUCCAAAAUACGUAAUUACAUUGAGAUCUGACCCUUUAACGGGACAAAUCAUGCCAGCACAACAGUGUCAACAGACCUGCCAUCCAUCUGUAUAUACUCUUCCAGACAAGGCCUGUGUCCAUGAGUUCUCAAAUGCUGUGUAACCAGCCAAUUGUGUGCUUUGUGGAACGCCAUCAUAGGCCUCUGCUGUCUAAAGACAGGUUAGUAAUUGAGUGCUCUAUCAAGAUCUGUUAUGAACCCUCUUUGUGACCUUGAUACAUUAGUUCUGGUGGGAAGAAGUAGAAUGUGUCAUUUUGUCAAUGUAUAUUUGGUCAAUGUAAAAAUGGUUCAGUGACUAAGUGGAGAAUGUAGCAGUGUCCUUAGCACAGGAUCAUGAUCAUGAACUUUGCGAUUUGUACUCAACAAGGAAAUGAGCACACAGGAAUAUCCACUUGUUCUGAAGGAAACUGCGGUCAUCCACACAGUUGUACAACCACAGUACAGAAUCUUACACCGCGAAGAAGAAGUCAUUUUUCAAAAACUCAACGCAACAUACAAUUAUAGUUUGCCUGAUGUUAGGCUACCAUGUUUUAUUAAUCCUGUGCUGUACUGUAUUUUGCAAUAUUUCAUUUACACAACAUUAAAUGUAGAAUUAGACUUCUUUCUAUAGGUGUACCACACCCAUACUUGGUAUGAAAGUUCACCUUAAUCCUUAGUGAAUUAUGAAACACUAACAUUUUUCAUCACAAAAUUAAUACUGAUGGUCACCAUCAGUAUUAAUAUAUAACAAUGUUGUAUAAGACAUCUUUUCACAGCUGUGAAACAACCAUGUCAUACUGAAAUGCUAUGAAGAAAUUUCAGAUCAGGCACAGUGGGUAAGUCCCAGAGCUAUAAAAUGUAGUUUUUUUAUGGAUGGCCAUGGAUUUACGCACUUAUUAAAUUUAAACUUAAAUGUUUACUGUUUAACAAUCACAAAUGCUAUUACACCAUUGAAUAGAUUUGCUAAAUAGGUGUCUGUAUCACAGGAUGUAAUUUAAUAGAAAAAAAAAGUCUUCCAUUAUAUUCAGGACCGCUUCUACUUAAAAAAAUAUAUGGUUAUUUUUGCACGGUUGUUCAGCAUAUUAUUUUCCUAAUAUAUAUGUUCUGGCUAUAUGAUGGAAUAUGUUAUUGUAAGUCAUCUCACUGGUGUAGGGUUGAAUUCAUGUAAAAUUAUCAUUAUAAAGUACUAUAAAUAUAUUGUCAACAUUUAUUUUUUAAUAAUGCAUGAGUGACACUGGAGCUGUAAUUUAAAGCAGUUAUACUUACCAUUAUUUUCUUUAACAGUAUUGAAUUGUACAAUUUGAGUGUAUUGUGUACUUUUGUUUUUAUAUGCUUAUUUUUAUUUUUAUUCUUAACUUUGUAUCCUUUUGAGGAUGCAAUUACGUGCAUGCGUAUUUUCUUACUGUAAAAUGUUGUACUUAAUGUCAGACUUGUAUCGUUUGACAUUGUGUAAUAUUAAUAAAAUAUUGCCUGUGAUAUCAA